AGCCACCAUACAUCGACGGGCUCACGGGCUCACCCACCGGUAGUUGGUCGGUUCAGUAUAUAAAGUGAAGGCGCACAGCGCGGCCGUUGUACGUCACUAGUUCCGUUGUGAUGAAAAGGCGAAAAAAUCGCGGAAAAUCUUCUACUGCUAACCGGGUACGGGUACGGGCGCUUGUUUAGUCGCGGUUAUCCUGUCGUUGUCAUUCCAUCGUCAAAGUCGGACGUGUUAUCGCGGGUGUGUGUGUGUGUUUGUGUGCGCGCGGGGGCCACGCUACGGAUAGAGCGUCGGGGUUAUUAUUUCAAGUACGGGAUCGAAAAACGCGAUGUCACCGCCUUGCGGCGAAACAGUUUAGUAAAUCCAAAAUCCGCGCCAAAAAGUGCCUCGCAGGAAUGCCUGAGCUUUCCUGCGGUUUCAUCAGCCAAUCAUAACAUCAACUCAAAGCAUCGUGAGAAGGCCAGGAAGCAAACACGAAGGCAGCAGCAGUGAAACGAAAGGGCAAAGUUUUAUCGAUUCCGAACAUUAAAAAUCAGCGCCACGUUACUUCGGUCGUCUUCCUCGGUGGUGGACUCCUGGGUUACCUUCUGGGCCAGGAGACCCGAGCUUGUGGCACACUGCCGCAAAGUUUGAAAACUUCUUCCGAAAUCCGGUCGCGGUCGACGGUUGCUCUGUUUCCGGAGACGUCCGCGGGGAAUGAAAGGAAAAUCAAAGUGCAGACGAGAAGCAGCAUUCUACUUAAUGAGUGGGUGCAACGUGUCGAUUUCUCCCGAGUGAAGCAGUAGUGCCCGUGGUCUCUAAUAUGAGUCUUACUGAAGCGUGUGGAGGAUUAUGAAUAAAGUGCUCUUUUAUAGUGUCUUCUACCUGUCAUUGACGCUAUGGAUCUACGCGGCUACCGGUGCAUUAACUUAUCGACUUCCAGCAGGCGUUAAAGUGUACGAUAAAAAUGUCAAACCAAGUUCUAUUACCGAUAUAUCAGUUUCACUCUACAUCAACCGAAUAUCUGGAGUGGAUGAAAAUAAAGAGGAAAUCUCAAUCGACGUAUUUCUGCAAAUCAUCUGGGAAGAUCUACGGCUGGCUCCGGUGGAGGAACCAGAAAUGACGAAACAGUACGUGGAGCUGACACCGACCGAACGGAACAUGGUGUGGGUUCCCGACCUCUACAUCCGGCAGCUGCGCGAGAUGAAGGUGAUGACCCUGCUCGAGGAAAUGAGCAGUCUGCGGUUGUACAAAAAUAGCACCUUAUCGCUGAGCAUAGGUGCCACAAUAAUAUUUAAAUGCGAUAUGGAUUUCGUGCUAUAUCCACUAGAUGUACAAAGAUGCCCGGUAGAUUUUAGCAGUUAUAAGUAUACCGUUAAGGAAAUGCGCUUCCGCUGGAAGAACGACAACGGUCUCACAUUCCCGAACGAUUUCGGGGAUCAGUUCUUCCGAUUGCCAAAAUACGUUGUCUCGUUCUACACCGAACAGGCACCGCAGACGAUUCACUACGCUGAUGCCCUUCCAGACAACCACAGUUCCGCCCGGCUGGAGAUUACGUUGUCGCGCGAAGUCAAAAGCUACCUGCUGGAAAACUAUCUUCCCUCGACGCUGUUCGUCUCGAUGUCGUGGGGGUCGUUUGUCGUUGUUCCGGAAAUCGUCCCGGGGCGGAUGGUGCUGCUGGUAACCACGUUGCUCUCUCUAAUCACCAUGUUCGACACGGUUCGCAACAAUUCGCCGGACGCGCUGGAGCUGAAAUGCUUGGAGGUGUGGCUUAUAUCAUGCACACUCUUUGUGUUCUUCGCGCUGAUAGAAUAUUUUAUCGUGCUGUUCGGCAUCCGGUACGACAAGCACUGGCGAGUGGCGCACAAAACCCACGUGCAGGUUGCUCCUCCGGUACAACUCCAGUCGACGAUCAGCCUGGCGGAGACACCGAUGAAUUCGACCCACACGCGUCGUGAGAACGGCAUCGAAAACACCAACCUACGGGUGACGAGUACAAACAGGGUACAACCACAGGAAGGAGAUCCAACCAAGGCCAGUUCGAUCGGUAAUCUAUCGGGCAAUUUCCAGAACACACAACACGUUACUUCCGUUAUGACCAGUAGGCGUGUUCACAGCUUCCGCAACGUGGCCGACGUGGCGCUAAUGUAUGCCGGCUCGCAACGAGGCCGAUUGGACCAAAUCUCGCUGAUCAUCUUCCCGCUUAGCUUUCUCAUCUUUACAAUCGCCUACUGGACAAUGUACAUUAGCGAAUCGAAUAGGAAAAAGCUUUAGGAUUUUCCGAGCUUUCUGUUAACCGUUGAUAAUAAUAGUAGCGUUAAACUAAUCGUAAGUUUAGCUGAACAUCACAAAAUUUUAACAAAAACACAUAUCAUGGAAAUAUUAUCUAUACAUAUAUGAAGUAUUAUACAAAACCGAUUGCCUUAAAAAGUAUUUUCUCUAGUCAAUCUACCAAGGUCUCAAAUUCAUCAGAAUGCCAUUGCAACUGUACAGCAUCGUUAUCCAAUCUUGUUCCGUUUUAGUUAGACAAAAAUUGUUUGCCCCAUUCCAAAAAAUUUUAACCACAAUGAAAUAAUUUUAAUAAACUUAUCACAAAUUUA